UUGCGGGAGUGGAGAUUUUCAGUGUGUGUGUUGAAAAUUUUGGUUAAAGCCCAUUACUUUUUCUUUCUUCUUUCUCUUGUUUGAUUCUCGUUGAUUGCUGUAAAUCUGAUGACCCUUUCAUGGGGCUGAGUUGCUUUGGUUUUGUGUGUGUAAUCCUUCGCUUCGGGUAAGAGGGGAAAAUUUGUGAAUAUUUGAAGACUUAUUGGUUCUCUGCUGAAGAAAUUGGAAAUUGAAUAUAUCUUUUUGGGUGGAAAAGUGAAGUGCAGUCUAAGCUUGUUAUAGCAUUUUAUCUUUUUUGGUAAUUCUAUUGUUGAUAGGGGGGAAGGAGAGACAUUUGGAUUGGAAAUGAGUAGGUCUGGAAGGUAUUUUGAUUUUGGUGAUUGUGUAAGUGAGCCUGGAGGAUCAUCUAGAAAUGUGUUGCUUGGUUGUUGUGAUGAUGAGUUCAGUCAACUCACAAAGCUUAGGUCAGCCCCACACGAGCGUCUGAGCCGUUCGUUGCCUGGCAAGGGAAGAUUACCUGUUUCCCCGGUGAAAAUGCUGCUGGGCAGGGAAUGUAACUAUAGUGCAAGAGGGAGGUUCUCUUUGUCAGAUUCUUGUCAUGUCUUGAGCAGGUAUUUACCUGUUUGUGGUCCUUCUGUGAUUGAUAAGAUGAAAAGUUGUGCAUAUGUCUCGCAAUUUUCUGCCGAUGGAUCUCUAUUUGUCGCAGGAUUUCAGGAAAGUCAUAUUAGAAUAUAUAAUGUUGAUCUGGGAUGGAAAGUUCAUAAAGACAUUCGGGCCAGGAGCUUGAGGUGGACUAUUACUGAUACUUCUCUUUCACCAGAUCGCCGGUUUCUUGUUUAUUCAAGUAUCUCCCCUGUUGUCCAUAUUGUUGAUGUUGGAUCUGGUACAAAAGAGUCUCAUGCAAAUGUGACGGAAAUUCAUGAAGGUCUGGAAUUUUCAUCUAAUGUCAGUGAUUAUGAGGAUUAUUCUUUUGGGAUCUUCUCCGUUAAAUUUUCAACUGACGGCCGAGAAAUUGUGGCUGCUAGCAGUGAUGAGUCAAUAUAUGUUUAUGAUCUCGACGCCAGAAGGCUAAGCCUCAGAAUCCCUGCUCAUAUGUCUGAUGUUAAUGCUGUAUGCUUUGCCGAUGAAAGUGGCCACAUCAUAUAUUCGGGCAGCGAUGAUACCCUCUGCAAAGUUUGGGACAGGCGUUGCUUUGCAGCCAGGGGGCAAGCUGCUGGAGUCCUGAUCGGCCAUUUGGAAGGCAUUACAUUCGUUGAUACUCGUGGAGAUGGCCGUUACUUCAUCUCGAAUGGAAAAGAUCAAGCCAUUAAACUUUGGGAUAUAAGGAAAAUGUCAUCUAACAUCAACUACAUCCCAAAACGUCGAUAUGCUGAAUGGGAUUACCGGUGGAUGGAAUAUCCAGAAGAGGCAAGAAACUUUAGGCUUCCUGAGGACCUGUCACUGGCCACAUACAGAGGCCAUAGUGUUUUGCGUACUCUCAUUCGCUGCUAUUUCUCGCCAGCAUGCAGCACUGGCCAAAAGUAUAUAUACACCGGAUCAACCGAUUCCUCCGUUUAUGUUUAUGAUGUGGUGAGUGGUGCUCAAGUAGCAAAACUCGAUUUCCAUGAGGAUCCCGUAAGAGACUGCAACUGGCACCCUUUCUACCCUAUGAUUGUAAGCUCCUCCUGGGAUGGAAUGAUUGCCGGUUGGGAAUUUCCAGGCAACGGCCAAAACCAGGCACCAGUGAAGCGAACUAGAAGACGACGACGAUUUCUCUACUAAUGUAUGUGCAUUUACAAGGGCCACAGCAACCAUAUUGUGUAUAUCUUGAUGUAUCCACAGAAUAAUUUAUAUUUGCAACUUUAAUUUUUUGGAUAAUGUAGAACUUUUUUCAUGGUUAUAGGUUACCCUUUUGCUUAGUUGAUGUACAGAACAUUCUGAACCUAUCCUGCAAUUACGAUCUUUAGAUGAGUAGAAUGUCUUAUGAUUUGUGAUCAA